CAUGGCCUGCCGAGAGGGGAUCGGAUGCCCCUGGCAGUGCCCCGAGCCUUAUAGGGACCGGCCCCUCCUCCUGCUCGAACCCCACCCACCGGGCCCCUCCUCUCCACUCGCAGACGCCGCAUUCCAUUCUGGGGCUCCCCCCACCUGCCUCAUCUGCGAUUCCUCCGCCCCUCCCUCCAGCCACCGCUCAGACGCCGGGGCGCUCCGGCCGAACGGGUGGCUCGCUGCCGGGAUGCUCUCCAUGAGGGCUUUGCAGAAUGCGCUGAGCGGGGCGGGCAGUCACUGCCGGCGGGGAGGCUGGGGUUACCUGAGCCGGAGCCCCCUUCUUGGCGGGGGCGUCCGGCACCACUUCAGUGAGGCCGCGGCGCAGGGCAGGAAGACGCCGCAGUGCCACCAGCCACAGCACCAGGAUCAUGAUUCAUCAGAGAGUGGCAUGCUGUCACGCCUGGGUGAUCUGCUCUUCUACACUAUUGCUGAGGGACAGGAACGCAUCCCUAUCCACAAGUUCACUACUGCACUGAAGGCCACCGGACUGCAGACGUCAGAUCCCCGGCUCCGGGACUGCAUGAGCCAGAUGCGCCGCAUGGUUCGAGAGUCCAGCAGUGGUGGCCUCUUGGACCAAGAGCUCUUCCAAAAGUGUGUGAGCAGCAACAUUGUGCUCCUGACCCAGGCAUUCCGAAAGAAGUUUGUCAUUCCUGAUUUUGAGGAGUUCACGGGCCAUGUGGAUCGCAUCUUUGAGGAUACCAAAGAGCUCACUGGAGGCAAAGUGGCGGCCUACAUCCCUCAGCUGGCCAAGUCAAAUCCAGACCUGUGGGGAGUCUCCCUGUGCACCGUGGAUGGUCAGCGGCACUCUGUGGGCCACACGAAGAUCCCCUUCUGCCUUCAGUCUUGUGUGAAGCCCCUCACCUAUGCCAUCUCCAUAAGCACCCUAGGCACUGACUACGUGCACAAGUUCGUGGGCAAGGAGCCCAGCGGCCUGCGCUACAACAAGCUCUCCCUCAAUGAGGAAGGAAUCCCCCAUAACCCCAUGGUCAAUGCUGGUGCCAUUGUCGUGAGCUCCCUGAUCAAGAUGGACUGUAACAAAGCAGAGAAGUUUGAUUUUGUGUUGCAAUAUCUGAACAGAAUGGCUGGGAGUGAAUACGUGGGUUUCAGCAAUGCCACAUUCCAGUCAGAGAAGGAAACAGGGGAUCGGAAUUAUGCCAUCGGCUAUUAUCUAAAGGAAAAGAAGUGCUUUCCCAAGGGGGUGGACAUGAUGGCUGCCCUCGAUCUCUACUUCCAGCUGUGCUCUGUGGAGGUGACCUGUGAAUCAGGCAGUGUCAUGGCAGCCACCCUGGCCAAUGGCGGGAUCUGCCCCAUCACAGGCGAGAGUGUGCUGAGUGCUGAAGCAGUGCGCAACACCCUCAGCCUCAUGCACUCCUGCGGCAUGUAUGACUUCUCGGGCCAGUUUGCCUUCCACGUGGGCCUGCCAGCCAAGUCAGCUGUGUCAGGAGCCAUCCUCCUGGUGGUACCCAACGUCAUGGGAAUGAUGUGUCUGUCACCUCCACUGGACAAGCUGGGGAACAGCUAUAGGGGCAUCAACUUCUGCCAGAAGUUAGUGUCUCUCUUCAAUUUCCACAAUUAUGACAACCUGAGACACUGUGCUCGGAAGUUAGACCCACGGCGUGAAGGGGGAGAAGUUCGGAACAAGACUGUGGUGAACCUGUUAUUUGCUGCCUAUAUUGGAGAUGUCUCAGCUCUUCGAAGGUUUGCCUUGUCAGCCAUGGACAUGGAACAGAAAGACUAUGACUCCCGCACAGCCCUGCAUGUUGCUGCAGCUGAAGGACACACUGAAGUUGUUAAAUUCCUGAUUGAGGCUUGCAAAGUGAAUCCUUUUGUCAAGGAUAGGUGGGGCAACAUUCCCCUGGAUGAUGCUGUGCAGUUCAACCACCUGGAGGUGGUGAAACUGCUUCAAGAUUAUCAGGACUCCUACACACCAUCUGAGACUCGGGCUGAAGCAGCAGCUGAGGCUCUGUCCAAAGAGAACUUAGAGAGCAUGGUGUGAGCAUGGGGCACACACGGUCCCUGCUUGAGAAAAAGCAUGAGCUGGCCACACAUUUAACCCAUAACCACCAAACCUGGUACGGAGAGCUGCACUGCUUCAAUGGGGACCAAGACGUAGGCCAGCGCUUUCUGUGAGAGUCAAAACACCCCAUUCCCUUGGCAGACAAGAGUACAGAGAAGUGCCUCGGUGGACACCUGCAGUCGGGCUAUCCAUGGAGACUGUGGGCUUCUUCAGGGUACAGCCCAAUGGCUUGGCCCGCUCAG